UUUACCAGCAGAUGAAAAGAUCGUCAUUUGGAGUGGGUAGCACUCAAGGUCAGAGUCAGCAAAUCCUCCUCUAAAAAUAGACUCUAGUUGCAAAGUUAGUAAGGUUUCUUUUGUCGUUCUGCUGCACUUCACAGGACCCAGUUACCUUGUAGCACCCACCUAAGCUUACAGCUUCCUGUGAAUCCUGAGAGCGCUACUCCAUGGACAAGAUGUCAUCAGGAAGCUGGAAUGCUGGGAUGAAAAAUGCAUAUACAGCAGUCAAAGUAGAUCCUGAUGAGGACUAUUGUACCCCAGGGGCAUUUGAACUGGAGAGGCUCUUGUGGAAGGGAUGCCCAAAGUACACACACGUCAAUGAAGUCUGGCCCAACCUCUACAUAGGAGACGAGAAAACUGCACUGGAUCGCUACAGCCUGGAGAAGGAGGGAUUCACCCACAUCCUCAACGCGGCCCACGGGCAGCGCAACGUGGACACAGGACCAGAAUAUUACAACAGCCUGAGUGUGGAGUACCAUGGGGUGGAAGCAGAUGAUCUCCCCACUUUCAACCUCAGCCAGUUCUUUUAUUCGGCUUCCAAAUUCAUUGAUAAUGCACUUCAGGAUGAAAGAAGCAAGGUGCUGGUUCACUGUGCUAUGGGCCGCAGCCGCUCAGCCACGCUGGUCUUGGCUUACCUGAUGAUUUACAAGAACAUGACAGUGGUGGAUGCCAUCGAGCAAGUGUCGAGGCACCGCUGCAUCCUGCCAAACCGGGGCUUCCUGAAGCAGCUGAGAGAACUGGACAUAGAGCUGGCACUGCAGAGGAGGAACAGCAAGAACAGCCUAGCACCUGCUGAGCAGCAGAACAGCACCACCAUCUAGCAUUGUCCUGGCACAGCUGUGCUGCUGGAAAAGAAACUCCAUAAAAGGAGGGGAGGGGAAGGUGUAGUUAAUUACACAGUCACAAGGAGCAUUUGCUAUUUGCUAGGAAAAAACCACAAAGUCAUUUCAAAUACAAUGUCAAGAUGAGAAAGAAGGGAAACCAAAUUUAAAACUCAUGAUCUUCGAAAGUUCCAGCCUUAGCAGAAUUCUUUGUUACAGCAACAAAUAAGUAUUUCUCCCUGCAAAAAAACCCCAAACAUUUACAACACAAAAGCAAGCACAACUUAACGCUCUCUUUUAGCUGAGUAGCCCCAAAAUCCUGAUCCUAACUCAAGCCCACAGCUUUUAAAGGAGUGCAGAUAAGCAGUCCUGAAGGAAUCUUGCAGAAAAACACUGACUUGUUUAGUCCAGAGUCCUGAAGGGUUUGCCUUUUUGUGCUGUUUCCUGGAAGUUUUUCCACAGUGAUAGUCCAGGGCAGCACAGCAGUUAGAGAGCCUCUACACGAGGCUCAACUACAUCAUGAGAACUAGAAACAAAGCAACACCCUUGAGAAGGUCAGAUGCAUGAGCAGUUACAAUGGACAACAAUUCAAGGAGAUACAUACAUGUGGCAUUUUAGGACUUGCAGUUUUAAAUUGCUUAACUUGUCUUAAAUCCUUCAGCUGCAAGAAUCAUUUCCUUCACAUUGUUAUGAAGUUCAACGCUGAACUUGUAGAGGUCCAACAGCUCCCCAAAUAAUAAUGGAUUAUAACCAGUUCUAAUGAGAUUUUAUGAAGGGAAAGAGAUACCAAUGAAGCCUUUAAAAAAAUUCCUCUCAGUGACCUAACAGCAUAAGAAAGCUGCUGCAGUGCUUCCAGACACUGUUCAGAUCUAUCAAUAUCAAAUAUUUCCUCCUAUCUCAGCUUUAGCCUCCUUAAUAGGUUGUUGUGCUCCCACAUAGUUACAUUUGUUAAUAAUUGCAUCUGGUGACAGAAGUGCUGCUAGUACACUAAUGGGGACACCAGACCAAUUCUGUGCCUUAACUUAUUCCAUUAGCCCUGUUUGAUAUAAAAUAUCAAAUACUUUAUUUUGAAGCAAUGAGACUUUUGCCAGCAUUUGAUACUCUUAAAAUGUACUUCACAAGCCACACUUACCUUUGCUGCAUCUGCAAAAGGUGAGGUCCUCACCCUCCCUACCAGAAUUUUACCUAAUUUAAUGUAUCAGGAGGUAUUUGCUCAGUGCUGAGAGGAAUGACCUGGCCAUCAAGCACACAGGAGAGUUUUCUUGGUCUUUACCAGCUGACAAAAGACUUUGCAACUUUGCUACAGUAUGAACUGUGUAAGUCUGGAUACUUGAAAACAAAAAUACAGGGCAGAAAUGUGCCAUUGAGAACUGCAAGAAUGUGCUACUAACCAGAGGUGAGCACAACUUUAUAUAUUUUUUGUAGAUGUUAAAAGAGCUCCACAGGCUUGGCACCCUCUGGUGUGAAGGCUUUUCUAUUCCUUUACUUCCUUUUGGGGCACAAAACCCAGUAAAUCAUUCAUCUCCAAACAAUAACUGUAGCCAAGGCUGCAGAUAACCAUAAUGCGGUGCUUUUGAUUUAUCAUUUGGAUUUAUCUGCAUAAAAAACACCUUAUCUUUAAAUUCUUACAAAGACAGAUCACAUUUAACAUAACUAAACUACUACCAAAAACCAAAUUAGGUAUCACAAUGUGAAAAAUAUUCAUGAUAGAGAUACACAAACUCUGGGACUUUGAGCAAAUUAAGUAUCGCUAUACCUGUAUUAGGAGGGAAAAAAUCCCACUGGAAAAAAACCACAGAAACAAUAGGGAACUAAAAGGAAGAAAUUUGACAUUUCAAAAAUAAAUAAGCACUCACAGUGUGGGUUGGAUGGAGUCCCUCAACUCUAUCUGUCUACUUCCAUAGACCUUCAAAUGCACCUUUCCACACCACCCUACUGUCUGCUGCAGUUUAAUUCACAGCCCAGACACACAACAGCUCUCCCAGCCUUGUCUUGGACAAACCUGCCUUGCAUGGCCCUGCUUUCCUUUACACUGGCAGUGAAAGCUGAAUGUUUCUUAGCAUGUGCUUUACAGACAGGAAUUCUGUAUCAAAUGAUAAACUAAAAGAUAACAAAUAUCUGUAAGGAUUUUAUUUGUCAAGCUACAGGUUGUCUUAUUUCUUGUACCCUGCAUGAGAGCUUGAUGACUGCUGUAACUGAAAGAGGAUUUGUCAUUGAUUUACAUGUAUAAUUGAUCACCCUCAGUACUACAGAAAAUUGCCAGGGCAAUUCUUUCUAUUUACCAUGCUGAUAUAAAUGGAGUUUGUUUCCAUCAACCACCCUGCCAGAUGGACAAACUAAACAGCUUAUAAAACUGAGAGACAUAGACAAUGAUCUAACAUGGAAGAUUAGUGCCUUUAGCAGUCCUUCAUUUCUGCUUAUACCAGAAUUCUUACCAUGUUAGUAAAAAAUGGGUUACAUUCUGCCCACUGCUAGGGGAUCAGGCAGCCUGAGUGCAACACCACUUACCUCUCCUGUCAUUGCUAAAGGGCUGAGUGCAGCUUCCAGGAGCUUCAUUUGGCAGCUUCCAGGUGAACUAUGUCCUGCUCCACAGGCAAGUAUCUUUCCUAGAACCAGGUCUUGCCUGAAGGACUCUGCUGGCACAGCUGUGCCAGUUAAGCAGUUCUGAAGUAAAUACACUUUUCAUUUACUUCCCAGCUUUUUUCCCCUAAUUCUCCCAGAAUUAAUGAGACUAAAUCAGAAAAGCAGAAGUACUGGCACGUGUGACUUCCACAGAGUGAAGCAGCUCUUGCAAGCUGCUAAUCAGCUGAUUCACAAGUGUCAGCAGCACCAACUCCAGCUACAAGAAAAGUCUGCAGGAAACACACACUGAACAAGGCAAGUUGAUUUCCUUCUUGCCAACCACCAGUGGCAUGGAGCAUUCUCUAAGAGUGCGUGGUCAAGGAAGCCUCCUGCCUUUCACAAGAAUCAUCUACUCCAAUUCUGUGAAGAAUUUUUUGAAGACAGUAAAAGCAAGAGCUCAUUCCCUUCUGGGAUGGUGUUGAGCACACAGACAAAACUGACACUGCAAGGUGCAUACAAUACAGAGAAUAAGUACGUCUGUCAAGGAAAAGACAACCUUCUUAUUUAUCAAAAAUUUUAGUGCCAUAACGCAAUUCACAGCUAAGAGCUGUUAUGAGAAAAGAUGUAGGAUAGUCUGUUGUCCUCCCAAAAGGAAUUCAAUUCUGAAAUAACAAAAUUAUACUGGAAACUUGCCUGUUGUGCACACACUCUGCAUCAUUUCCCAACCAACUUUUAACCCAUAUAUUGUAAAUACAGAAUUCUAGCAAUAUGUUGGAGUUAGGAUACUCUGUUUCAGGUUAAUAAAUAUUUGAAAUGGUAAGAAGGUUUGAUUUGCCUGGAUGUUACAGGCUUCAAAACUUGAAACUCAACAGCAGCAGGUAAAGACCCAGGUGCCUUUUUCACUUACUGUAAAAACACACAAAUGAAAAACUACAAAACAUAAUGCUACUUUGAGAUGCAAUUAUUUAACACAGAUAGGGUGGCAGCUAAACAUAUCUGAAGGCUGCACAUAACUGUGUUGAUUUCCACUUUCCUUUUCCUAAACAUGAAAAAGGUGAGUUACUUUGUGAAGAUGAAAGUCAAGAUUAAGCUCUCUGCCUUUAAUCAACAAAACUGAUGAUGUAAGGGCAUGAACCAAGAUCUUUGUUGUAUUGUGCUUUCCUUAUCAGGUGUUCUGAACUCCUAAAACACAAGUUAUUCCAGAUUACCAUUUGACCAGCAAUUUUAGCUCUCAUUCAGAAUCACCAUUUUAGACUGCUGCUCCACUGUAUAAAAACUGAACUGGUCGUGCUCAUGAAUCUGUAGUAUCAGUUUCUUGAUUUGGCACCACCACACAGUAAUGGUUUUAAUUAGAGAAAUAAAAAUUUCAUUGACUUAUAGAUAUAUUAAAUAUUACCUUUAAAUCUGUUUCAUAUACUGGAAUAGGGACAGUUUUUAGUCCCUGGAUGGCCACUUCUUUCAGCUUAGCUAGCAACCUUACUCCAGUGACAGUGGCAACAUCCACAUUAGAAGCAUUCUGAAAAAUUAUUACAAGGACUUUGGUGUAGGUUCACAUAUCCCACAUUUGAAUUUAUCCACUCACAAGAUCCACAUAUAGAUAGCCUUCUUGUCUUUAGCAGACCUUCUACUGCUAGAUGAGAAAUGCUUAUCUCUGUGAAUGUUUGUGUGAGUCCAAAUACAUGCAUAUAUACAGAACCCAUAGAUCCAACGCAGAAUUUGCAUCAUCUUGUCACCCAGUAAUGAUGACAAAGGAAGAGAUUGCAAUUCUAUCAUUAAAAUACAGUUCAAACACCAUGUCUGUUACUAUCAUAUAUCCUUUUAUAUAUAUAUAUAUAGAGUCACACUUUCUGUAGGAAAGAAGUUUCAUACAUGAAAUAUUGACAACCUUGUAAGGUAUUAAAUACAUAUUUAUUCAAUAUUUUAUUAAGAUUAUUAAAAAAAAUAAUCUUAGGUAUUCUUUAUUUUCACAAGGU